CUUAUCAUUGUUUUUGCUUGAAAAUCUUUUUCCAAGAUAUGAUGAGUUACAAUCCUACUUUUGACCUCCUUUCCCUGUUAUUAUUAUUUGCCUUUAUGAUUAUUAAAUCUAUAAGAUAUCAUCACUCGAUGAAUAUGAAGUUAAGAAAACCAAAAUUGCCACCAGGUCCCAAACCAUGGCCUAUAGUUGGCAAUCUUCCUGAAAUGCUUGCAAGCAAAUCUCCAUCUGAGUGGAUACACAAAACUAUGGAAGAACUCAACACUGAAAUUGCAUGUAUUCGCCUAGGAAAUGUCCAUGUUAUCCCUGUUACUUGUCCCACCAUUGCUCGUGAAUUCUUGAGAAAGCAUGAUGCUGAUUUUGCAUCAAGACCACUCACCGUAGCCAGUGAUAUCAUCUCCAAUGGCUACUUGACUUCAGCCCUUGUACCCUUUGGGGAACAAUGGAGGAAGAUGAAGAAAAUCAUUGCUAAUGAUUUGCUCUCUCCUUUCAGGCAUCAAUGGCUUCAAGACAAAAGAAAUGAAGAAGCCGAUAAUCUUAUGUUUUACGUGUACAACAAAUGCAACAAUGGUGAACUUGUGAAUGUUAGGAUUGCAACACAACAUUAUUGUGGUAAUGUUUUUAGAAAAAUGUUUUUUAAUACAAGAUACUUUGGAAAUGGUAUGAAUAAUGGAGGGCCUGGUCUUGAAGAAAUAGAACAUGUUGAUGCUGCUUUUGCUUUGCUUAAACAUGUUUAUGCUUUUUCUGCAUCUGAUUAUAUCCCAUGGUUGGGGUUACUUGAUUUAGAAGGACAUAAGGGAAAGGUAAAUAAUGCAAUGAAGAUAAUGAACAAGUAUCAUGAUUGUCUCAUUGAAGAGAGGAUCAAACAAUGGAAUGAUGGAUCAAAGAAUGUUGAAGAGGACUUGCUAGAUGUUAUGAUUUCAUUAAAAGAUGUCAAUAAUAAUCCUUUAUUGACAACUAAGGAAAUCAAGGCUCAAAUUAUUGAAUUGAUGAUGGCAAUGAUAGAUAAUCCAUCAAACGCAGUUGAAUUGAUAUUGGCUGAAAUGUUAAAUCAACCCGAUUUAUUAGAAAAAGCUAUAGAAGAAUUGGACAAUAUAGUUGGAAAAGAUAGGUUGGUCCAAGAAUUCGAUAUUCCUAAACUCAAAUUCUUGAAGGCUUGUGCAAGAGAAGCAUUUCGCCUCCAUCCCGUAACACCUUUCAGUGUUCCCCAUGUCUCUAUGAAUGAUACAAUAGUUGGAAAUUUCUUAAUACCAAAGGGUAGCCAUGUAUUGUUUGGAAGAACGGGCGUUGGAAUAAACCCAAAAGUUUGGACUGAACCUUACAAAUUUCAACCAGAACGCCAUCUUAAGAAUGAUAAGUCUGAUAUAUCUUUGACCGAGCCAAAUUUGAAGUUUAUAUCUUUUAGUGCAGGAAGGCGUGGCUGCCCUGGUGUCAUCCUAGGUACCACAAUGACAAUUCUUUUACUAGCUAGAAUGCUUCAUGGCUUCACUUGGAGCGCUUAUCCCAAUAUAUCAAAAUUCAAUCUUGCCGAGGCUAAAGGUGUUAUGUUUCUUGAUGAGCCACUAAUGAUUGUAGCAAAACCUCGAUUAAACAUAAAUUUGUAUACCUGUUGAUUGAAGUGGAAUUAAGAAGCUAAAGCAUUUCUAGCAAAUCCACAUGUUUUACUUAAUUUUACAAUUAUAUUGUCUUAUU